CGCAAAGUGCGCCCAGCUCUAUCUUCGAACGAGCCGUCCACCGCAAAGACUUGUUGUUGUGCGUUGAUGUGCAUAUGUAGGAAGACGCUUUGAGGAAGUUGUUGCAUCGCAGGAACGCUACAUCUUGCGAGGUUCCACGCCUACCAAGCAUUGAAGUGAAAAUGAAAACAGAUUCUGGAAAGAUUCUCCGUCGAACACUUGGUACACUGCAACCCUCCGCUGAAGACCAAGCUGUGCUCGUAGGCUCUGCGGGGAAAGUUUCCAUCGACAAGAAAAAGCUGGAUACGAAAAGAAGACGGUUGAACUUUGACUUGGAGAACAAACCACCGAACGUCGGUCUGGGUCCAAAGAAAGACAAGGAGUGCAAAACUCCUAAAUUCUCCCUGCACAAAGAUGAUCCCGCUCUCGACAAUGCCGAUCGUUGUCGAGGACCCGUCGUCAGUCACGAAGCUUACAAUUUGAUGUUGAGAGACGAUGCCACGGAAGACUAUUGGAAGCAGCUUGCAGAGGAGAGGCGUCUGGCCCUCGAGAAAGCUCUCGAAGAGAACCAAAGGCUGCACGAGAACAUGGAAGUUCUCGAAGCUGAAAACAAGCACCUACAGAAAAUCGCGGAUCAAUGUGCCGAGUUAGCCGAUAUCGUCAAAACGCUGACAGCCGACGACGAGGACGAUGAGGUGGCAGAGGAUGAUGCUUAGAUAGGGGGAUGUCGCUCCAAUCAUUGUACAUAAAGAUCUCAGGCGAAACACUCGAGAGAAUCGAAUAGGAAAUCAUAGCUCUCUCGUCUUGGAAACUAAAUGAUUUGUUCUGUACG